GUUGGGGUACACCUAUCUGAGACUCAAAGACAGUCAUAUGGAAAUUCUCAAUAAGGACGAUGAGAUUGAAAGGUAGGGCUUUGCUCAGAACAUAAUUCCUGAUUGAUCCAUCUUUUAUUUUGGCCUUUCAUAUUUCACAGCUUCCUGUGAAACCAUAGAGUAUUCAUGUUUAAGUUACGCAUGCAUAUCUCAAGUUAUUAAUUGAUUCCAAAUAAUUUAAUAAGUUCAUUCUGACCAUAUUUCUGCCCAUUGGCAAACCGUACGUGCUUUGGUUUAUGUGAAGGAUGUCAGUAAACAUUUUAGCAAAAAUACAACUUCCUUAUAGUAAGACAACACUGCCAAGAAAAAUGGUAUAAAUAGCAGGUUUGGAUCCCACAGGCACCACUUGUAAAACAUCAGUAUCUACAUCCCUCUCUGCAGUGGGCUGUCUAUGCAACUGAAGUUUUAAGAGCGAACGAAUGAGGAAGAAAGGGAGGGAGAUAAACAGGGAAGUAAACAGAGAGGAAGAGAAAAGGGAAGGAAAGAGGAGGAUGAUUAAUCUGUUAAAAUAACUUUUAAUCUGACUGUUCUGUCUUUGCUUGUAACAGUCUUUGCUUGUCUCUAGCCACUCUUAUUGCUGUGUACAUUGUUAGAGAAUGUCCAGUGUGUUAUGUCUGAUACUAAGGGAGUCGUCUCCUCCUGUGUCUGUGUUCCAGGUUUGAGCUGCUUCACGUGCUCAACUUUGACUCUGUCAGGAGGAGAAUGAGCGUCAUUGUCAAGUCUAGCGCAGGUAACACUCAUACACACACUAUCUCGUUCACAUAAUACUAAAUAGAAACUAACAGACAUUCAGAUACAUACAAUAUGUAUUCAAUUAAAUCUAUGUGUGUUUGUGUGUCCUCAGGGGAGUACCUGUUGUUCUGUAAGGGGGCAGACAGCUCCAUCUUUCCCAGGGUGGUGUCAGGGAAGGUGGAGCAGGUGAGGGCACGGGUGGAGCAGAACGCUGUGGUAAGUCUACACACACACACACACUCUGUAUCAUCUCUUUCUUUGAAGAAAAAUAUAAACGCAACAUGUAAAGUGUUGGUCCCAUGUUUCAUGAGCUGAAAUACACUUGACAGAUGUGUCAAGUUUUGAGGGAGUGUGCAAUUGGCAUGCUGACUGCAGGAAUGUCCACCAGAGCUGUUGCCAGAUCAUUUAAUGUUCAUUUCUCUACCAUAAGCUGCCUCCAAUGUCGUUUUAGAGAAUUUGGCAGUACGUCCAACCGGCCUCACAACUGCAGGCCACGUGAAACUACGCCAGCCCAGGACCUCCACAUCCGGCUUCUUCAUCCAGCAACCCGGACAGGUGACGAAACUGUAGUAUUUCUGCACAAACUGUCAGAAACCGUCUCAGGGAAGCUCAUCUGCGUGCUCGUCGUCCUCACCAGGGUCUUGACUUGACUGCAGUUCGGUGUCGUAACCGACUUCAGUGGGCAAAUGCUCACCUUCGAUGGCCACUGGAACGCUGGAGAUGUGUGCCCUUCACAGAUAAAUCCCGGUUUCAACUGUACCGGGCAGUGUAUGGUGUCGUGUGGGCGAGCGGUUUGCUUAUGUCAAUGUUGUGAACAGAGUGCCCCAUAGUGGCGGUGGGGUUAUGGUAUGGGCAGGCAUAAGCUACGGACAACGAACACAAUUGCAUUUUAUCUAUGGUCAUUUCAAUGCAGAAAUACCGUGACAAAAUCCUGAGGCCCAUUGUUGUGCCAUUCAUCUGCCGUCAUCACCUCGGCAGAUGUUUCAGCAUGAUAAUGCACAGCCCCAUGUCGCAAGGAUCUGUACACAAUUCCUGGAAGCUGGAAAUGUCCCAGUUCUUCCAUGGCCUGCAUACUCACCAGACAUGUCACCCAUUGAGCAUGUUUGGGAUGCUCUGGAUCGACGCGUACGACAGCGUGUUCCAGUUCCCACCAAUGUCCAGCAUCUUCCCACAGCCAUUGAAGAGGAGUGGGACAACAUUCCACAGGCCACAAUCAACAGCCUGAUCAAUUCUAUGCGACGGAGAUGUGUCGCACUGCAUGAGGCAAAUGGAGAUCACGGCAGAUACUGACUGGUUUUCUGAUCCACGCCCCUACCUUUAUCUUUAAUGUAUCUGUGACCAACCGAUGCAUAUCUGUAUUCCAAAUCAUGUGAAAUCCAUAGAUUGGAGCCUAAUGAAUUUAUUUCAAUUUACUGAUUUCCUUAUAUGAACUGUAACUCAGUAAAAUCUUUGAAAUUGUUGCAUUUUGCGUUUUAUAUUUUUGUUCAGUGUAGAUACAGACACCAAAACCCUUAAUCGCGCAACUUCGCCCUAAUACUUCUACUCCUAAUAUGCCUAUACCAUAACCAAAACUCCAGAUAUAUAUCUUGAGUCUCACAACCCUGAACGAUAUACCUGCUAUGGUCAUAGUACUGUGGCUACUAUGAUCUUAAAGGGGCAAUCCGCUGUUGAGCUGAGGAAUGGGGCUGGAGAAAUGUAACCACUCUCAAAUUCAUAGACCGCUAUGGAUGCACUAUUUAAAUUCAUAGACCGCAAUGGAUGCAAGGACUGACCAUCCAUGAUAUCAAAAGUAUAGUUUUAACCAUGUUUUGUGGCUAUACAGUGUGUGUUUACAUUUACUUUGUUUACAAACAUUGGAGUAAAACAAGCUUAUAUUUUGUGUUCUGAUGGGGUACGACAGUUGAACUUAGCUCAUGAGGCAUUUAUAAGCAGUGGUGGAAAAAGUACCCAAUUUGUCAUACUUGAGUAAAAGUAAAGAUACCUUAAUAGAAAAUGACAAGUAAAAGUGAAAGUCACCCAGUAAAUUAUGACUUGAGUAAAAGUCCAAAAGUAUUUGGUUUUAAAUAUACUAGAGUAUCAAAAGUAAAAGUAUAAAUCAUUUAAAAUUCCUUAUUAAGCAAACCAGACGGCACCAUUAUCUUCUUUUUUUUUUUUUUACUGACAGCCAGGGGCACACUCCAACACUCAGACAUCAUUUACAAACGAAGCAUGUGUGUUUAGUGAGUCGGCCAGAUCAGAGGCAGUAGGGAUGACCAUGGAUGUUCUCUUGAUAAGUGUGUGAAUUGGACCAUUUCCCUGUCCUGCUAAGCAUUCAAAAUGUAAUGAGUACUUUUGGGUGUCAGGGAAAAUGUAUGGAGUAAAAAGUCCAUUAUUUUCUUUCGGAAUAUAGUGAAGUAAAAGUUGUCAAAAAUAUAAAUAGUAAAGGACAGUACAGAUACCCAAAAAACAACUUAAGUAGUACUUUAAAGUAUUUUUACUUAAGUACUUUACACCACUGUUUAUAUAUAAGUUUAAUGUUGUUCAAUAAUAAGUCCAAAAAUGGAUGUAGCAACUGCAGAUCGUCCCCUUUAACAGACAACCUUAACCAUAAUCUCUUUCACUCAACUGAGUCUCUCCUUUACCUCUGUAAGGAGGGCUUGCGGACCCUGUGUGUGGCCUACAGGAGUCUGUCCCCAGCGGAGUACAAGGAAGCAUGUUAUCAGCUGAGCAACGCCAAGCUGGCACUGCAGGACAGGGAGCAACGGCUGGCACAGGCUUAUGACCUCAUCGAGAGGAACUUCACCCUGCUGGGGGCUACGGCUGUGGAGGACAGGUAGGAGAGAAAGGGGAGGCAGAGGGGGGAUUGGCGAGAGGAGGCGGCGUGAGAGAGAGGAGGGGGAAGGAGCAAGAGGAAGAUGGGAAGGAGGAGUUGGGGAGAAAAAGAGCGCGAGAGAGAGGAGAGGAAAUGGGAUGGAGAUGGAGAUUCAGGGAGAAACAGCGGUAGGGAUGAGAGAAAGGGAGCCAGUAAAGGAGGAAGUGAGAGAGAGAUGUAAGGGAGAUUUACUAUCAUGGAUUCCCUGAUUGAUGACAGCUUGUUUUCUAAUCAUCUAGCCCUCUGAUGUAUGGUACACAUUGACCUGGCCAUGUAUAUUAGUCAUCAAUAACUGGACUGAGUUGAUCAGUGUGUUAACCCAUCAGCUGCUGGCUGAGGAGACUUAUUGACUACAGUAGUUAUCAAUGACCACAAAGGAAAUACUCUUAACUCUUCCUCGGCCUUGAUUGUUUUUACAAUGGUGUAGAAUCAAUGUACUAAUUUAAUCAGGAUUUAGUCAAUCUUGAAUUUAUAAAGUUAUACGUUAUAUUUUUAAAUAAUCAAUAUAAAACGAAUAGGUUGUUGAUCAAUAAUGUCAUCAUUUCUAUCUUGCACUUGCAUACUUUGAAACGUCCAUACAGCCUAUUGUGACGUGUAAUGCUAACAACCUAUUGACUGCUGUGCAGGCUCCAGGAGAAGGCAGCAGACACCAUUGAGUCUCUCCAUAAGGCUGGGAUGAAGGUGUGGGUGCUGACGGGGGACAAGAUGGAGACGGCGGCGGCUACGUGCUACGCUAGCAAGCUGUUCCGCAGCUCCACACAGAUACUGGAGCUGACCAAGAAACGCACAGAGGAACAGAGUCUACAUGACGUUCUGUUUGACCUGAGCAGGACUGUACUCGGACAACGCUCCCUGUCAGGGUAGGCUACACACACACACACACACACACACACACACAUGCAUGUAGACAUGCAUGCACUCACACACAACAAUGUACAUGUUUUGUGUUCCUAUGUUUCGUGUGUGUGUUUGUGUAUAUGUACAGUAUGUGUGUAUCACUGUGUGUUAUUUCCCCAGGCUGUCUGUGGACUGUCAGGACUAUGGUCUGAUCAUCGACGGGGCCACCCUGUCUGCUGUGCUGAAGCCCAGUCCAGAGAGCUCUGGCUCGGGGAACUACAGAGAGAUCUUCCUGGAGAUCUGUAGGAACUGCAGCGCCGUGCUCUGCUGCCGCAUGGCGCCCCUACAGAAAGCACAGGUUGGUCUGAUGUCACUUCAUGUCUCACAUGGGAAACCAGUGAGCGAUAGUGGUUAGUCAGUUAGUUAGUUAGCCUGGUAAGUCAUUGUGAAUAAAUUGCCUUCUACUAUAAUGACCUGGUUAGGCAAGAGGCAGUAUUAUUUUGGUGUUUAAUGAGUUGUGGUAUGACUGUUGUCUCUCCAGAUUGUGAAGCUGAUCAAGGUAUCUAAGGAGCACCCCAUCACUCUGGCCAUCGGUGACGGAGCCAACGACGUCAGCAUGAUCCUCGAGGCACACGUGGGCAUCGGUGAGCUCAUCUCUGCACUGAUUGGCAAGCUCUUGUGUCUCUACUCUGAUUUGUGGGAAACAUCAGCUAAGCUAGCACUCAUCUCUAUUCUUUGAUUAGUGGGAGUCAUUAGCUCCCAGAUAUCUCAUUGGCGUCAAAACAGACACUAAAUAUUUCACUAAGACCUAUUAGUAUGUUUGUUUUCAUUCAAUCCAUCAAUCAAUCAAUCCCUCUCUCUCUUCUAAGGCAUCAUGGGUAAGGAGGGGCGCCAGGCGGCGAGGAACAGUGACUACGCCAUCCCAAAGUUCAAACACCUGAAGAAGAUGCUGUUGGUGCAUGGACACUUCUACUACAUCCGCAUCGCUGAGCUGGUGCAGUACUUCUUCUACAAGGUGAGCUUUACUACUGACACUAAUACUGGGCAUUUACUGGGCACACAUUUAAAUGGUUUAGUAUUGAAUGACACAACCUCGGACUCGGCACCACCUCAGCCUGGUGCCUUUCCCAGAAGAGAGAGCCAUUUGGUGAGCCAAAUGUCGAGGCAGGACACUGCAAGGAGCUGAAUGAGCGUUGAAUUAGGAACAAUGUUCAGUCCUCCCUUUCUCACUUUGUUUCUCCCACUUUCUCUCUCUCUCCAGAAUGUGUGCUUCAUCUUCCCUCAGUUCCUCUAUCAGUUCUUCUGUGGAUUCUCUCAGCAGGUAGGUGCUCAGACUCAACCCUAAAUGACGGUUGCCUAUAACCUAUCAUGGUUGCCUGUUUUGUCAUGUGUGGUCUGUAUAUUUCUGACUGUGCUCUGUGUGUGUCCCUGUGCAGCCCCUGUACGACACGGCCUACCUGACGCUGUACAACAUCAGCUUCACCUCACUGCCCAUCCUCCUCUACAGCCUCAUAGAGAAACAUGUCAGCAUAGAGACGCUCAAGAGAGACCCCACUCUGUACAGGUCAGAGGAACAUCCCAUUAAAACUGUUUUAAAAGACAAUGUAAUUCCCACACAGAAAAAAAGGUUUGAACCAAUUAUAUUGUUUUUUGUUUGUUUAAACAUUCUCUCUUUAUCUCCCCUCCUCUCUCCCCCUUCUCUCUCUCUUUCGCCGUCCCAGGGACGUAGCGAAGAACUCUCUCCUGCGCUGGCCUGUGUUCCUCUACUGGACGUGCCUGGGCUUGUUCAACGCCUGUAUCUUCUUCUUUGGUGCCUACUUCCUGUUCGACAACACCACCUUCACCAGCAACGGACAGGUGAGCCCUGGCAACCUUUUCUACGGCAACCGACGCAAGCAGAGCUCUGUUGGCAAGGAAGGACCAGUUGACAUGUUGCACCUAACCACAGAUCAAGGAUCAGAUGACCAAACCCCAAAUCAUAAGCAUUGACCAUUAGCUGGGUGCCAUUUGAGAUUCACUCACAGUGAUGGUUUAUAGAACACCCAUCCAUCUCCAUGUGAUUGUCCCAUAACACCAGACGUUGAAACAGGAGUAAUACAAUGUGGUCCGUUUCAGGUUAUCUAUGGGUAAGUUAUGGUCAGGUUGUGGUUAAUUUGUGUUCAUAGUCCAGAUGGAAUCUCAGUGGUCUUCUUUAGCUUGACAACCAUCAGGACUCCAUUCAUAUGGACAACGCUAUAGCAUCUUUCUCUGUAUUGUUGAUUUAUGUCAUAACUGUUUUGUAUUGCCUUUGGUCCUGUUUUUUCUCUUUAAGUUGAAACAUCCUGGAAUUCAUUUCCACUUUGUCCUGAUUAUUUUCUCUUCUUCUUCCUCUUCUGCUUCUUCUUUAUUUUUGCUUUACUUCCUGUUCCUCAGCUUAUGACCACCAACACACAGAUGGUAAGCCUGUAUCUCUCCCUCUCUCCCUGUCUCUCUAUCUAUCAUGUUCUUUUAGCUUCUGUUGGUUUUUAGUUACGAGUUUAGCUUUGAGCUUUACCGUUUCAUUCCGAAACAUCCAUCCAUCCCCACCUCCGACAUCCACCCCAUUCUGCCUGUAGUUGUUUAGUUCCACAUCUCUAGAGCGCCUCUACCCAGUCCAACACCAGACCUCACCAGCUCCACUCUACUAAUAUAGAUACACUAGUCUCUCCCUAAUAUUAUCCUUAUCUGUUGGUAGGAUAUUUAAUUGUGUGUGUGUGUGAGAGAGUGCAUGUGUGCGCAGUAGUAGUACAUAGACAAUGCAUUUUGUAAAAAAAAGCAGACUCUCUGCUGUUCUAAUAACAUGGGUUCAUUCUAGCUGCACUGUCUUGGGUGCCCUCUUUCACCCAAACUACAUAUAUGUUCACGUUAUCUAGUAUUUGUAGAGAGAUGUAUUUAGUAUAGAGAGAUUUAUUUCUAAUUGUCAUGCUCCUUGGGUAGGGACAUGAUUAUGGUGAUUAGGCCAGGGUGAGCAGUGAGAGGAGGACGGGGUAGUCAGGGAUGAGAACAUGGGGGUUCCAACUCCUCCACUAUGCUAAUGAAACGCAUCCCUUCUCUCACUCUACCUCUUCCUUCAUCUUUCUGACUACCUCUCGCUCCAUCUCUCUCUAUUGCUUUCUCCUUCCCCUUCUCUCCAAACUCUCCCUCUUGCUCUCCCUCUCCAUCUCCAUCUCUGACUCUACCUCUCCCUCAAUCUAUUUUGCUCUCUUCUCUCCUCUCUCUGCCGCGCUCUUCCUCCUCCUGUUCCUUCCUGAUGGCAGCUUUGAGGAGAGACCACACCCCCACCCCCUCAAAGAGCAGGAGAUGCAUCUCUGUAUCAGAGAGAGAAAUAGAGGGGGAUGGCUAAGGAAGAAAUGCAGAGUUGAUUUGCUCUAUUUAUAUUUUACGUCCUGCUUUUGCGCUCAAGUUUCAAGGUUAUUUACCAUCAUUUGCAUAAUAUGAGACAUACAGUGCCUUUGGAAAGUAUUCAGACCCCUUGACUUUUUCCACAUUUUGUUACGUUACAGCCUUAUUCUAAAAUGGAUUAAAUAAAUAUAAAUCCUCAGCAAUAUACACACAAUACUCCAUAAUGACAACGCGAAAAUAGGUUUUUGGAAAUUGUAGCAAAUGUAUUACAAAUAAACAACAGAAAUACCUUUUUUACAUAAGUAUUCAGACUCUUUGCUAUGAGGCUCGAAAUUGAGCUCAGGUGCAUCCUGUUUCUAUUUAUCAUCCUUGAUGUUUCUACAACUUGAUUGGAGUUCACCUGUGGUAGAUUAAAUUGAUUGGACAUGAUUUGGAAAGGCACACACCUGUCUUUAUAAGGUCCCACAGUUGACAGUACAUGUCAUGAGGUCAAAGGAAUUGUCCGUAGAACUCCGAGACAGGAUUGUGUCGAGGCACAGAUCUGGGGAAGGGUACCAAAAAAUGGCUGCAGCAUUGAAGGUCCCCCAAGAACACAGUGGCCUCCAUCAUUCUUAAAUGGAAGAAGUUUGGAACCACCAAGACUCUUCCUAGACCUGGCCGCCCGGCCAAACUGAGCAAUCGGGGGAGAAGGGCCUUGGUCAGGGAGGUGACCAAGAACCCGAUGGUCACUCUGACAGAGCUCUAGAGUUCCUCUGUGGAGAUGGGAGAACCUUCCAGAAAGGACAACCAUCUCUGCAGCACUCCACCAAUCAGGCCUUUAUGGUAGAGUGGCCAGACGGAAGCCACUUCUCAGUAAAAGGCACAUGACAGCCCGCAUGGAGUUUGCCAAAAGGCACCUAAAGACUCGCAGACCAUGAGAAACAAGAUUCUCUGGUCUGAUGAAACCAAGAUUAAACACUUUGGCCUGAAUGCCAAGUGUCUCGUCUGGAGGAAACCUGGCACCAUCCCUACGGUGAAGCAUGGUGGUGGCAGCAUCAUGAUGUGGGGAUGUUUUCAGUGGCAGGGACUGGGAAACUAGUUAGGAUCGAGGGAAAGAUGAACGGAGCAAAGUACAGAGAGAUCCUUGAUGAAAACCUGCUCCAGAGCACUCAGGACCGCAGACUGGGGGCGAAGAUUCACCUUCCAACAGGAAGGUUUUUGCUUUGUCAUUAUGGGCUAUUUUGUGUAGAUUGAGGGGAAAAAAACGAUUUAAUAAAUGUUAGAAUACGGCUGUAACGUAACAAUGUGGAAAAAGUCAAGGGGUUUGAACACCUUCUGAAGGCACUGUACGUAAAUAGGAUGCCAUACAAAUAACAGUAAAAUACUGUAUAUAAACUGAGUUUACAAAACAUUAGGAACACCUUCUCUUUCCAGGUGAAAGCUAUGAUCCCUUAUUGAUGUCACCUGUUAAAUCCACUUUAGUCAGUCUAGAUGAAGGGGAGGAGACAAGUUAAAGAAUAUAUACAGUGUGUAUGUAUGUAUAUAUAUAUAUAUAUAUAUAUAUAUAUAUAUAUAUAUAUAUAUAUAUAUAUAUAUAUAUAUAUACUUGGAAUCAAUGUAUCGAUAUAUAAUAUCUUCUAAGAUAGUAAUUAUACAGUAUAUAAUUUUUUUUGCUAGGUAGCGUUAGCUAGCAAUAGUUGGCUGUACCUGUGUCAACUCCUGUAUUUUUCAUCCUAUAGCUUGUUCUCCAUCUUUAAAAAAAAUAGUGAGCCAACAUGUUUUCAGCACUUUUAUUCCCAUAACUGAUCAAAACAAAUGUUCUCAUGCUUUCUCGUCUCUCUGCAGCAGACGUAUACAAAGCAAUACGUUUGGAACAUCAAAUCGCAAUAAUAUUGCAGUAUCAAAUCGCAAUACAUGCAGUGCCUAUCAUAAGUAUUCACCCCCCUUGGAUUUUUUCACAUUUUGUUGUGUUACAAAGUGGGAAUUAAAUGGAUUUAAUUGUGAUGUUUUGUCACUGAUCUACACAAAAUACUCCAUAAUGUCAAAUUAAUAAAAAAUAACAAAUGUUUUAGUUGCAUAAGUAUUCACCACCUUUGAUGGCAAGCCUAAAUAAGUUCAGGAGUAAAAAUGUGCUUAACAAAUCACAUAAUAAAUUGCAUUGGCUAUCUCUGUGUGCAAUAAUAGGGCUUAAAAUAUUUUUUUCAUGCCUCGUUAAGAAGAGCACCGAUUUGGUAGCUGUAUUAAAAUAAAAAAAGCAGACACAGAAUAUCCCUUUGAGCAUGGUGAAUCUAUUAAUUACACUUUGGAUGGUGUAUCAAUACACCCAGUCACUGCAAAGAUACAGGAGUCCUUCCUAACUGAGUUGCCGGAGAGAACGGAAACCGCACAGGGUUUUCAUUAUGAGGCCAAUGGUUAAUUUAAAACAGUUCCAGAGUUUAAUGGCUGUGAUAGGAGAGAACUGAGGAUGGAUCAACAACAGUGUAGUUACUCCACAAUCCUAACCUAAAUGACAGAGUGAAAAUAAGGAAGCCUGUACAGAAUACAAAUAUUCCAAAACAUGAAUCCUGUUUGCAAUAUGCAGUAAAGUAAAACUGAAAAAUAAAUUAACUUUUUGUCCUGGAUACCAAGCGUUAUGUUUGGGGCAAUUCCAACAUAUCUCUGAGUAUCACUCUCCACAUUUUCAAGCAUGGGGAAAGGGGAUACCUAGUCAGUUGUACAACUGAAUGCAUUCAACUGAAACGUGUCUUCCGCAUUUAACCCAACUCCUCUGAAUCAGAGCGGUGCGGGGGGCUGCCUUAAUUGACGUCCACGUCAUCGGCGCCCGGGGAGCAGUUGUUGGGGGUUAAUUGCCUUGCUCAAGGGCAGAACAGCAUAUAUUUCCACCUUGCCGGCUCGGUUAAUGGCCCAACGCUCUUAACCACUAGGCUACCUUCCGACCCUGGUGGUGGCUGCAUCAUGUUAUGGGUAUGCUUGUCAUCGGCAAGGACGGGAGUUUUUCAGGAUAAAAUUCAACAGAAUGGAGCUAAGCACAGGAAAAACUGGUUCAGUCUGCUUUCCACCAAACAAUGGGAGAGGAAUUCACCUUUCAGCAGGACAAUAACCUACAACACAAGGCCAAAUAUACACUGGAGUUGCUUACCAAGGAGACUGAGUUACAGUUUUUACUUAAAUCGGCUUCAGAAUCUAUGGCAAGACUUGAAAAUGGCAGUCUAGCAAUGAUUAACGACCGACUGGAAGAAUUUUGAAAAGAAUAGCCAAAUAUUGUACAAUCCAGGUGUGCAAAUCUCUUAGAGACUUACCCAGAAAGACUCACAGCUGUAAACACUGAUAAAGGUGUUUCUAACCAGUAUUGACUCAGAGGGGUGAAAUACUUAUCUAUUCAAUACAUAUUAGUUGUAUUUUUUUUUUUAUGAUGGAAUUUUUCUUCCACUUUGACAUUAUAGAGUAUACUGUGCAGAUCAUUGACAAAGAUUACAAUUAAAUUGAUUUUAAUUCCACUUUGUAACAAUAAAAUGUGAAGAAAUCCAAGUGGGGUGAAUACUUUAUAGAAUCGUGAGAAUCGCAAUACAUCGUAUCGGCAUAAUGUCGUAUCAUGAGGUCCCUUGCAAUUCCCAGCACUAAAAUGCAGGUGAAAUGGAAAUUGCUUGUUUUAGGAUCAAACGUUACAGGGUUUAGGGUUGUAAUACAGUCAUUAUAGUUGGUGCUCUGUGCUCAUAUAGGUGUGAAUGGUUUUAAAGAAGUCGAUGGUUUCAACAGAUGUCUCCCUGGAAAACUGAUCUUUAUCUCAAUGGGAUUAUGUGUAUAGAUAAAGAAUGGAUGAAAUGCAGUGUGUGCAUGAUGAGAUGGACUGUUCCUCCUCUCUAUUCUCCUCUAGAUGUUUGGAAACUGGACCUUCGGGACUCUCGUCUUCACUGUGCUGGUGUUCACUGUCACGCUCAAGGUGGGUUAGUGUGUGUGUGUGUGUGUAUGUGAGUGUUUGUGAAAGAGAGAAACUGAGUGAAUCUGAUAAUAGUGGAUUGCAUAAUCCCUUUGCAUGUGUGUGUAGCCUGUGUGUGAGAUAUUUGAUCGAGUAGACUUGCUCAUCAGUCAUUAGAGCUGUAUGCCCUGCAGGUGUGGCGAUUGAUUGAUGGACUGAUUGUGUGUGUGUGUAUCCUGUGUGUUGCAGCUUGCCUUGGACACACACCACUGGACCUGGAUCAAUCACUUUGUCAUCUGGGGCUCCCUGCUUUUCUAUGUCAUCUUCUCACUGCUCUGGGGAGGCAUCAUCUGGUACGCCUCUCAUUCUUACAACUAACUGAUUCUUACUCUGUACAUUAUUAGUAUCACUUAAACAUAGAUAUAGAAUAACUGGAUGUCAUCUCUCCCUCUCAUCAGGCCCUUCAUGAACUACCAGAGGAUGUACUACGUGUUCAUGCAGAUGUUGUCCAGCGGUCCGGCCUGGCUUGGCAUCAUCCUUCUCAUCACAAUCAGCCUGCUGCCUGACGUGGUCAAGAAGGUCCUCUGCAGAACCCUGUGGCCCACCGCCACCGAACGCGCA